CUGACGUCCUGAGGAUGCCGGCGCGUUUCCAUGACGUCAUCACGCAGCGCCUCCAGCUGAUUGUUCCCAGGUGAUGGUUCCGGGCUGAGCGGUUGCUGUGUUGGCAUCACCGGGCGAGAACACCGGCGGGGGAGGCUCCAUGGUGCCGUAUGUGCAGCAUGUAUGAGCCACAAUGGGGUCUUCUCUCUGUAUCUGCUCUCGAGGGGUCCUAACCAUCGAAAACAAGCGUUACCUCUUCACACAAAAACUGGGAGAGGGGGGGUUCAGCUAUGUCGAUCUGGUUGAAGGGGUCCACGACGGGCGCUUCUACGCCCUGAAGCGUAUUUUAUGCCAUGACAGGGAAGAUCGGAAAGAAGCUCAGCACGAGGUGGAGAUGCACCGUCUGUUCAACCACCCCAAUAUCCUGCGGCUGGAGGGGCACUGCAUGGUGGAGAAGGGGCCCAAGUGGGAGGCCUGGCUCCUGCUGCCCUUCGUGCAGAGGGGAACAUUGUGGAACGAGGUGGAAGCUUUACGAGACAAGAACGCGUUCCUGUCGGAAGAGAAGAUCCUGUAUAUUCUACACGGGAUUUGUUUGGGACUUAAAGCCAUUCAUGACCAGGGCUUUGCUCACAGAGACUUGAAACCCACAAACGUGUUACUAGCGGAUGACGAUAGGCCGCUGCUGAUGGAUCUAGGCUCAAUGAAUCACGCUCGUAUAGAGGUGAACGGAACCAGACAGGCAAUGGCCGUGCAGGACUGGGCUGCGCAGCGUUGCACUAUUUCCUACCGGGCUCCGGAGCUCUUCAAUGUGGACAGUAACUGUGUGAUCGAUGAGCGGACCGAUAUCUGGUCUCUUGGCUGUGUGCUGUACUCCAUGAUGUUCGGCGAGGGCCCCUAUGACAUGAUUUUCCAGAAGGGAGACAGUGUGGCUCUUGCGGUCCAGAACAGUAUCUCCAUACCGAAUAAUAAUAGGUAUUCCCAGGGUUUGGAGUCGCUACUGUCCUCCAUGAUGGUUGUAAAUCAUAUGGAAAGGCCAUACAUCUCCACCAUACUCGCCCAACUUGAGGCGCUGCACCCCUUAGUAGAUGGACAAGCCACCACCAGGAUAUGAUGCCAUAGGAAAUGACUUCACUCAAGUGCUGCUUCAUUCAGACCACCGUACACCAGUGCCGCACUGUGGGACAGCUCCAAAUGGCCGUGUGAGGGCGGUGGUCUGAUCAUGUGACUGCGGUGUCUCUUAAUAAUGAACAUCCUGUUACUUUUUAAGACUUACGGUUUUAUUUCCAGCUGUCUUUUUUGAAUGUCUUUUUUUUUUUAAACAUGUAAGUGUGAACUGAAGGUUCAUUCCAAGUGGCGGUACGUAGACGACGUCUUCUCGCCUUAUUUAACUGCUGGCUACCGCCAGACUGUGCUAAGUCCUCAAGUCCUGUUUCCCCCCAGAGGCUGCUAAUCUCAGGCCAGUGAUCCGUCUCUGUCCUCUGGAGCAUGUUGUCAUUGUGCUGUGUAAGAUGUUACGUGUCUCAUCUCUUCUGUAAAGGGCUUUGAUUAAAUUGAGGGUUGAAAUGGAAACUGUCCUACUCGCUGUGAGAAAGUGUCUCCUGUCACCAGUCGCGCACAUCUCGUCAUUCUACAUUCAAUUACCCCCCCCCC